CACUGCCAGCCCUUUGGUACGUUGUUUCUUCUCGAGCUCUCGAAACUAGCUCUAAUUUUCUGCCUUCUGAUUUGCAGUAUGAUUGUCAAGGCGAAGUCGUCGACGACGGUGUGUCCAGACGGGGAGACCCCUCGGUCGGCGCUGUGGAAUUCGAACGUGGACCUGGUGGUGAUGCGCUUCCACACCCCAAGCAUCUACUUCUACAGGCCAACCACGAGCGGUGCUUCCAACUUCUUCGACGCAAGAGUGCUCAAGAAUGCCCUUAGCAAGGCCCUUGUCCCCUUCUACCCCAUGGCCGGCCGCCUCAAACGGGAUGGCAAUGGUAGAAUCGAGAUUGAUUGUAACGCUGAGGGUGUGCUGUUUGUGGAGGCCGAGAUCAGCACCGUACUCGAUGAUUUGGGCGAUUUUGCACCCACACUGGAGCUCCGGCAACUCAUUCCAGCUGUGGACUAUUCCAAAGGGAUAGAUUCUUAUCCUCUCUUGUACGCGCAGGUGACGUAUUUCAAAUGUGGUGGUGUCUCACUUGGCAUUGGUAUCCACCACACUGUAGCAGAUGGAUUUUCUGGCCUCCACUUUGUUAACACAUGGUCAGAUAUGGCUCGGGGUCUUGAUCUUUCCCUUCCUCCAUUUAUCGACCGGACCCUUCUCCGUGCCCGCGACCCGCCUAAACCUGCAUUCGAGCACUUUGAAUUCCAGCCCCCUCCUCCUAUGAUAACCCCUCUCCAAUCUACAACUUCAGGUCCCGAGAGUACAACAGUCUUGAUAUUCCAAAUAACCCGGGACCAGCUGAACAAGCUAAAAGCCAAGGCCAAAGAAGAUGGCAACACAAUCAACUACAGCUCGUAUGAGAUGUUGUCGGGCCACCUGUGGAAAUGCGUGUCUAAAGCGCGCGCACUUCCCGAUGAUCAAGAGACCAAGUUGUACAUUGCCACCGACGGUCGGUCCAGACUACGUCCCCCACUCCCGCCUGGUUACUUUGGCAACGCGAUCUUCGUCGCCACCCCAAUUGCUUUAGCCGGCGAUCUUCGAUAUAAACCAAGCUGGUACGCUGCUUGCAGGAUUCACGAUGCAUUGGCACGGAUGGACAAUGAUUAUUUAAGGUCAGCCAUUGACUUUCAAGAGCUGCAGCCUGAUCUAUCUGCCCUUGUUCGUGGGGCUCAUACUUUCAGAUGUCCAAAUCUUGCUAUAACUAGUUGGAUGAGGCUGCCAAUCCAUGAUGCUGAUUUUGGGUGGGGUAGGCCCGUUUUCAUGGGACCCGGUCGGAUUCUGUUCGAGGGGUUGUCGUAUUUAAUACCAAACCCAACUAAUGAUGGUAGCUUAUCGGUAGCCGUUUCUCUGCCAACUGAACAAAUGAAAGUGUUCGAGAAGCUGUUUUAUGAAAUUUGAGGAGAGGAAAUGUCAUCUUCGGGUAUGCAAGGAAAUUGUGCUUUUCAUGCAGAAGAAGAGGCAAUUAUCAUGCAUGCAGAUCAAGAAGACUAGAUCGAUCAUUCGGGUCAACUUGCCUGCUUAUUUUGCUUUGGUUGCCUCGUACACUUUUGUUUCAGUUAAGACUCUUGGGUCAUUCUAUCUUGAUUUCGAGUUGUACGUUGCUUUGAUUGUUUUCAUGUAUUUUGGCUUUGUUUGUGACCUUUGGCUUUAUGGUCCGGCCAGCCGUGAGUUAUCAAUAAAGAUUUUUCAUUUUUCGGCUC